AUGAAGGUUCGUCUGGAGCAAAAAGAGUUUGAUGCGCUGAAGAAAUUCGAGUCGCUUCACCAUCCAGAUAUCUGGAAUUGGAUUAUGGAUAAGGUGGGUCGACGCGAGAAUCUGAACAUUUUGGAUGUCUCUGAGGAGUGCGCUGUCUUUGCAGUGAUGCUCGCCGAACAAUAUCCAACAAAUAAAGUGACUUGUUUGAUUCGUGGAGAGAAACCGAAAGUCCCUCUUCCAUCAAAUGUCUCAUUUCUUCGAUCGGAUUUCAAGAAUUGUAAUUGGUCGCAGAUUGAAGAACUAUCCACAUAUGAUGUGAUUAUUGUGAAUGAGCUCACCCAUGAGAUACCCGAGAUUGGACAAUUCUUCAAAGCGCUCAAGAAACAUUUAAACCCUGGUGCACCGAUUGUUGUCUUGAGUCGACCCAAAAACCCUCCACUUCCUGUGCCCGAGUGUUGUCUUUUGUUGUGGAGAAAAUUGAUGCCAACAAAAGAAGAGAUCACCGCUGCAGCUGCAUAUGCUCAACUCGGUUACACGACUUUCUCGGCAGCCGUCCCGAUCAGUGUUGAUCGCUUUCAAUGGGAGAGCAUGCUCUAUUCGGGCUGUUUCCCAGCUGUUCGAGCGACGAUCAAAUGCGGUGAGCCAGAAAUCCGUCAAUACUGCAAUAAACUCUCUCCAAAAGUGAAUUUCGAGGAAAAAAUGAGCAUUUAUGUGUUCAGAGAA